CUGGCUGCCUCUCCCUCCCCGCUCACUCGUGGAACCACAGAAGCAGGAGUCGCUCUGGCUCGGAAGUGCUGAGCAAAUCGGGAGGGUUUCAGCUCAGCACUGAUAGCGGUCAUAAGGAUGAUCCCUUGAGGCUCAGCAGAGUUGUGUGAUGCAUUUUCUUGGUCUGACACCGCACUGUUUUUUCUUUUCUCUUAGAAUGAAAGAAGUGACUCUUGUGUGAUUGCAGUCAUGGCUGUCCAGACUGGCAUCCAGGUAUGGUUUGGCGAGAAGUUCGAUGCCCCCUUGCUGAGCCCCAGGAGCCCUCGCAGCCCUUUAGCACAGCGGCACGGCCCUGGCCUCACAGACGUUUUCCAGUAUGACCAGUGGCUGGCAGUGCGACACGAGGCCACCCUGGUGCCCAUGCAGGAGGAUCUGGCCAUCUGGCUCACUGGCAUGCUGGGAGAAGACGUGAGAGCCGAGUUUUUCAUGGAGGAGCUAAACAACGGCGUCAAACUCUGCCAGCUUAUCGGCGUGCUGCAGACUAAGAUCGCCCAGAGCUGCCCCUCCGCACUCAGCAAGCUUUUUCCCACAAGAAAGGUUGCAUGUAAGCGAGAUGCAACCCCUGGUUCCUUCUUCGCUCGCGACAACACUGCUAACUUCCUGGCAUGGUGUCGACACAUCGGUGUAGAGGAGACCUACCUGUUUGAGUCAGAGGGUCUCGUGCUGCAUAAAGAGCCUCGGCAGGUUUGUCUGUGUCUGCUGGAGAUCGGCCGCAUCGUCUCCAAGUAUGGUGUGGAGCCUCCUGUGCUGGUGAAGCUGGAGAAGGAGAUUGAGCUGGAGGAGACUCUGCUGAUGGCUGAGGAGCCACCACCUGCUGUCAAAACCUUCAGUGUGUGCUGCCAACACGGCGGCCUCUACCAGCCUGGGGAGCAUGGGAUGGACGACCCACCCUGCAACUGCUCCAACAGAGUAUCCAUCGAGUACCUGUCUGAGGGCCGCUACAGACUGGGAGACAAGACCAUCUUUAUUCGAAUGCUUCAUGGUAAACAUGUGAUGGUGCGUGUUGGCGGAGGCUGGGACACCCUCCGUGGCUUCCUCAUGAAGUACGACCCUCUCCGAGUCCUGCAGUUCACCACCUUGGAGCAGAAGAUCCUGGCCUUCCAGAAAGGCCCCCCAGGACUGGGAGGACACCAUGCCAAUACAACUCCGCCUCCUCCUCCUCCAGAUAUGGACCCCCUCGCCGCCGUUAACGACCUCAUGUCCUCCUCCUCUUCCUCCUCCUCCUCUGCCUCCUCCUCCUCCUCCUCUUCAGCUUGUAAGCCAUCGUCCUUGGCUGCUGCAGGUCAGACAUGUCGCUCAUACACUGCCUCUCCAGCCUGUACACCCACGUUGCCUAGGAAAGGUGCUGCCGCCUUGCCCAAGAAGAACCUGCAGAUGACACCCACCGGCCCCAAGAAGCCCACCCAGCUCCCACUGCCCAUCAGCGCCAAAGGCUCCUCCUCUCUGCCUAACACUCCUGUAGGAAGCUCCUCCAAACAGUCGCCUAGCCCGGGGUGUCAAGUCCAGCGCAGAGCUGUGACUCCAUCAGCAGCACCUCCAGAUCCAAACCCCGCCUCCAAACUGAAGCUCAGACCCUCCCCACGUGGCGGCGCAUCUCAGCCCAGGAGCCCCGUCUGUCCCGAGCCUUCUUCCAAAUGCCCCAAACCCUCCAGCCCCUGCACCUCCCCCACUGCUUCCUCUGUGCCUCGCCCCGUCACUGCACCAGGACGGCCAGCUGCUGCUAAAGAUGCUCGACCCCCCUCCGGCGCCAGCCAGCGCUCUCGCCUUGCACAGCGGCGACCCGGUUCACCAGCUUCGCGUCUCCGUCUAGAGGCAGCGAGACGGGCCCGUACAGCCACACGGGCCACGGCGACCCCAACCCCAAGACCAGCAGUAACGACCCCGCAGCCUCGGACACCCACCCCCAGCUCACGGACCGCCUCCCCACUGCUGCCAAAAGCCACAAGCUCCCUGACAAAAGGAAAAGAAGCUGCAGCCAAAGCCAAAGCACCCACCCCAACCAAGACCGUUACUGGUCCCCCACGUGGUACCACUGUCCCCGGGCGGGUCCCAGGGGGCAACACGGGCUCCUGUGCAUCCAGCAAAAUCAAUCAGAAAGCACCAUCCACCGAACAGAAGGCGGCGGGGCGAAAGCAAGCCGCCGCUCCAAACCCCAUCAACGCAAAGGCGGCUCUGAAACCUGAACCAAGUCCACCACGGCCCCUGGCCCCGCAGAAAACCAGCCCCAACGUCAGACCUGUUAAGACGGAGCCCGGUAUCACUAAGAAGCCAACACAGUGCAAGGGCAGAAAUGAGGACCCGUACUUUGAAAUGAACAGUAGGAGGAGGCAGAAGACAUAACAGUAGAGUCUCAGAGGACUUAGCAAAACCAGCGGGCUGGUAACACACCGCUCCUUAUAACAAACCAGCACUUGUUGGACUCGUCUAACAACCAUAUGUUAACACUAAUCCUCAUCAAAACAUUUUUAAUUUCUGACCAUUGUUCAUCUGUAAAAUGGGUUUUAUAUGUUGAGUUUUGGAUGUUUAUUUAAUUGUGUCUUAUGUUUUUUAAUCCAAAAGGGUCAAAGAUGUCAUGUAUGUGUAUGUUUUUGGUCUUUUUUUUUUUUUUUUUUUAAGGUCACGUCCAAGUAGCAGGUGAACACUAAAACUUGCACAUUGUUUACAUUUCCAUUUUUAGUUACAGUUCACAGCCAGUACAUUAUUAAAUAACAGAAUUUAGUGAGCAUCAUGUACAAACACUAACCUCAAACCUUUGUUUUUAGCUUUUUAUAAGAUCAUGACAGAGUGAACAUAUCUUUUAACAGGUUACCAAAGUCAGUGACACAUGAGCACAAAUUGCAGCGUCAGAUUCAUUUUUUUUUUAGCCAGUGACAAACUUUCCACUGGUGGACAGUCUGACAUUAUUUGAGUAUAAGUGAGAUCUAGUGGGAGGCUUUUUUUUAUGAUGGCGCUGGGUUGUGUCAUCAGGAACGAACCUUCAGUCGUGUGCCUUCAUCAGGAAUCUGUCUUGUUUUGGAGUGGCAUUAGAAUGUAUUUGAUGAACAGGAGUAGGGGGUAAACGGUCUUUAAUAAUUAAAAUUGCACAGCGUGUACAAGCACUCAUGACUUUGGUUUCUCAGAAAGGCCGAGUCUCAGAUGAACUACUGAUCAAACGCCUCUUUUCUUUAACAGAUAACACUCUCAGCCUUCCAGCGGUUGAAAUUAUUUUACAGAAGAAUCUACUUGGCAUAGACUUUUUUUCAUGAUUUCUAAUUUUAGGUGUGUAUUAAAAUUCUAGUUUUCUAUGUGGUGUUUGUGUAAGUGUGUACAUAUACAUGAUUAUAUAUAUAUAAUUACUUGUGAGGCUUUUUCUUGUUUGGCACUUUAUAGAAACCUCUGUGUUUGUCACAGUUUGAAUGUUGAUUCUGUCGAUUGUGUCUCUUAUUCCAACUACCUUUUUUUUGUUAAGUUGAUUAAUAAAUGGCCAAGUGUUUUAAAGAUUA